AUGACGGAGACGAAUCCUUCUUCGCGUUCUCGUCCAGGCUCCUCCGGCAACGCGCUGAGUCCACAGCAAACAGCCCGCCGUUCGCCUACUCUCAAGCCGCAGGCAAUUACCACCAACACAAUCUCCUCUACAACCACCACACCGCUACCCACACCGCGUAAAGAGUCGUCCUCUCUCGACCCUUCUCCUAGCGUCAGCAAGCGAUCCUCCUUUGCCGAGAACCUCAACUCAAGAGGUUACCCCUCCUCGCCCCGGGCACAGCGACAGCACUCCUUUUCCGGAUCAGCGUUGACCGAGCUCCUCAUGCAUCCCAGCAACAAGACCAAUGGCGCUAGCGAUCCAAAGUUCAAGGGCAGGGACUGGCGUAAGAUCCAGGUGGACGAGAUCAUAGACCCGGCAGAGACGCGCUUUGUGGAAUUGGACACUAGCAUUGAAGACACCACAAAGUUGUUGGUCAGAUCAGGAGCACCUAAUGUCGUCUUGGUGAGAGAGUCGACCAAGACCAAGACAGCCAUGACGACCUUCGACUACUCGGACCUGAACGCAUACUUGCUUUUGGUGCUAGGGCUGUCGCAGCCCGAUGAGCAGGCAGCCAAGUUAGCAGACAGAGCGAGGAGUGGAGAGGCUCUACCGUUGAAGGACGUUCAAGACCACCUCGGUGCACGUGUUGAGCCAGCAUUCUUGCCACAGUCUGCGACUUUGACACAAGCGAUGGAGAUUCUAGGAGGGGGACACCACAGAAUCGUGAUCAACAAGGAAGGCACGACCGAAGCAGUAGGCGUGCUGACCCAGCUGAGGCUCGUGCGGUUCUUCUGGGAUAACCACCAGAACUUCGCGGCCACAGAGACGCUGUACCAGAUGUCGUUGAAGGAGCUGGAAGUGGGAGCAAAGGACGUGAUUGCCAUUAAUGGUGACAAGCCCGUGGCCGAUGCUCUCCGCCUGAUGCAUGCAGAAGGAAUAACAUCCCUGCCUGUCCUGGAUCAGCAGCGCAAUGUCGUUGGCAACAUCAGUCAUGUGGAUGUUCGACUUCUCACAGACACGUCGGCCAUACCCCUCCUCCAUGGCACUUGCAUACACUUCAUCUCUGUCAUCCUCUCCGAGCGAGGUAUGUUCGAUGGAAAGGACAGCUACCCGGUCUUCCACGUCACACCUUUCUCUACUCUCGCACAUACGGUCGCAAAGCUCUGUGCGACCCGAUCUCAUCGAAUGUGGAUCGUUGAUGCACCCUCGCCGAGCACGAGCGUUCCGCCUUCGCCAGGACCGCAACACGCUCUUCCACCUUUCGCGAUGCAAAGCAGCAGCCCGAGCUUGUCACACGCGAGCCCGCAGCACAGCAAUCCAUCACCCAUCCACCACACACCUAUACAGACACCAGCGAGACAAGGGUCGGGAACGGAGCAUAUUAGAGACAUGACUCCAGGACCACCAUACACGAGCAUCAACCCAGGCGUGACGAUCUCGGCAGGUCAGAACCCCGGUGCUGUAAUGAGUGGAAGGCUGUCUGGCGUCGUGUCGCUCACGGACGUGCUCAAUCUCUUUGCAAGAGCUAGUGGCCUACAUCCAACUGACCCGGAAGAGACGCGACGUAGGCGCCGACAGAGCAGCAGCUCCAGCGUGCGACCAAGCAUCGAUGGUGUGAGGCCAAGCAUGGAGAGCUUGAAGCAGAGUCAAGAUUUGUCGAGGAGUGUUGAUCUGGGCAGAAGCUCAAGCCAGCACUCGAGUAAGCGUGGUUGA